CUCGCUUACCGUCACCGACCACGACCACCACUCGCUCCGCCCGCCGCCACCGACGCCGACGCCGCGCCUCCCGGGCGGGCAUACCCGCACCUUCUCCGCGGUCCGCACCCGCGGGCGGGACCAUUUCUGCGCCUCGGCGAUCCCUGCGUCUGCGUCUGCGCUCCCCCGGGGAAACCCGGCCAAUAUCCGCGGCGCUGAAGAAGCGACGGCGGCGCGGGGGCGAUUCGGGCGAGCGGGCGUAGUCGAGGAUCCUCGUGCCGCAGCCGAUCCUGUAUUCGUGUUCACUGAGCACUGGAAUCAUAUCCCUGAAGACCUCAAGCUGCACAACCAGAAUCCAUCUACGUUUCUUCUGGAUACUAGCACCUACCUGGUAAUGGCCGAAAUCGAACCCUUACAAGUGGUGGUGUAUGAAGGUAAUGCAGACCUACAGAUGUCUGGUGGUGAGGAUGAGUUUGUCGCCUUGCCAGGCAAUGGAUCCACAGAUGCGGCGCAGGAAGGUAACGCGGAUCCAGUGAAGGGAAUGAUAUUUGAUAGCGAGGACGACGCGAUCGCGUUCAGUCAGAGAUAUGCUCAGGAGAAGGGAUUCACUAUAACACGGAGGACCUCUAAAACCAUGGAUGAGAAGUUGCAGUAUUUCACUCUCGCUUGCAACAGGCAGGGGAAAGCUCAGUGCUCCAGAAAUAAGUUGAAUCAGAAUCCCUCCACAAAAACACAGUGUCCGGCUAAACUGAAUUUUAGACUUCAUGACACUGACAAGUUCUGCUUGACUUCACUCAUACUCGAGCACAACCAUGAUUUGAUUCCAAGCGAGACAGGGAUCAAUGUGUGCCGGAACAAGAUACCUGGGGUGAGAGCUAAAAGAAGAAGGCAAGAGUCAAGUGGCAGGUCAGAAGUUUGUGCGAACAAUGUGCAAGGUGGACACUAUGAAAAUCCACAGUUUGGUGAGAAUGAGUGCACAGACAAUUCUAAGGAGGAAACAAGGCUGAAGUUGUGUGCGAACAAUGCGCAAGGUGGAGGCUUUGAAAAUCCACAGCUUGGUGAGAAUGAGUGCACAGACAAUUCUAAAGAGGAAACAAGGCUGAAGUUUAGUGCCGAAGAUACACAUGUGCUUUAUCAAUACUUCUUCCGCAUGCAGUCCAAGAAUCCAAACUUUUUCUAUGCCAUGGAUUUUGAUGAAAAUUCCCGGCUGAGGAAUGUUUUCUGGGCAGACGCAAGAAGUAGGGCUGCAUAUGAAUCUUUCUCGGAUGUUGUGAAGUUUGACGCUGCCUACCUAACAAGCAAGUAUGAAGUGCCUCUUGCUUCUUUCGUUGGUGUAAACCAUCAUGGAGAACCAAUUCUUCUGGGCUGUGGCCUACUGUCAAAUCAGAACACAGAAUCUUUUGUAUGGCUGUUCAAAUCUUUGUUAGCUUGUAUGUCUUACAAACCACCAAAAGGUUUGAUUACCGAUCAGUGCGACGAAGUGCAGGAUGCUGUUGAGCAAGUUUUCCCUCAAACUUACCAUAGCUGGUGUCUGUUGAGUGUCAUGAAGAAACUCCCUGAAAAGCUCCGUGGAUUUUCGAAGUUAAAAGACUUUAGAUUCAUUUUCUCAAAUGUGGUCUAUGAAUCUCUGACAAAAUGUGAAUUUGAAAAAGGUUGGCUUGAGAUGACCAGCAAGUUUGGCCUUCAAGGCAAUUACUGGCUUAUUCAGCUGUGCAUUAAUUGGCAAAAAUGGGCACCUGCUUAUAUAAAAGAUACCUUUUGGGCUGGCAUGGCUGUCACAAAAGAGUGUGAAAGUGAAUAUGCUUUGUUUGAUGGAUAUGUCAGUUCUGGAACAAAAAUAAACCAGUUUCUAGAGCAAUACAGCAAAGCACUAAGAGACAUGGUUGAGAAGGAAAAAAAUGCCGAUUUUAAGUCUUCUCAUGAAGUGGCAUCUUGCAUCACUCAUUAUGAUAUUGAGAAGCAGUUCCAGUUAGUAUAUACAAAUAAAAAGUUUGAAGAAUUUCAGGAGCAGUUAAAAGGUAAAAUUUACUGCUAUCCAAAACUUCUGAAACAAGAAGGUACAUCUUACACGUUCAAUGUUGCUCAAGAUGUUAAAAUUAGGGAGCAACAACUUACAUUGGACUUUUCUGUCUGGUUUAACGGCGACGGAUGUGACGUGAAAUGUGCAUGUCGGCAUUUUGAAUUUCAAGGAAUCUUGUGCUGCCACAUCAUCUCUGUACUUACUCUGAUGAAGGUCAAAGAAGUGCCCUCCAAGUAUGUUCUGCAGAGGUGGAGAAAGGAUUUGGAACGUAGCUACACUUCUAUUGCCUGUUCGUAUGAUGAGAAUGUCAGCACACCAAUUGCACAGCGUUUUGAUGUGUUGUGCAAAUCGUUCUAUGGUGUGGCAGAGAAGGCAGCGACAUCAGAUGCACUGUUCGAGUCAGUGAUGGAUGGCCUUGCACAACUGAAAGUAAAGGUUGAGGCACAGCAUGCUAUCCCUAACCCUCAGAGUGGUAAUGCAUCAUCUGAGCGUCAAGACAUGGAGAUAUGAUGAGUAGUCCCUUUCUCCCAACAUGACAUGAAUAUCUGACAGUUUUCUGUUGUUACAAUGUAAAGAUAUAUCUAGCGUCUUCUAUAUCUGGAAUUGCAAGUAGUAAUGAACCAUGAUCAGAUGGUAGGAUGAUGUCGAGUCCAUUUCUCCUGACAUGACAUGAAUAUCUAUCAGGUUUCUUUUGUUCCAAUGUACUAUAAAGGUAUA